GACUCACACAGCGACGCCGUGAAAGCGCAGUUCUUGUUCAACAAAUCGCAAGCUGGCGACUGCUUCAAGGGGGCUUUAGUCACGUCACGCGCUUUCAUGACGCCACCAAUGCAUUCUAUUCCAUCGACCAGCCUGAACUACUCCAAACAGUCGAGCUACUUGUACGGCCUGAAGAUGCAGAGCUCGCACGAGAAAGAAUUCAACGAGCCACCUUCACCUUCCACGAUGCGCCUGGCAGCAGCGCACGACCAGAACCUGGUGGACGACCUGGUCUACAUGCUCACGGCGCAGUCGCCAGUCACAGGCGAUGAGACACAGCUGAAGGUCACUGGCUUUGUGGACGACCUGGCCGACAAGUUUUUGGCACCGAACACCGCCACGGCCAGAACCGCAGGAGUUGCACAGAACAAGAUGAUCGACGCAGGCUUGAACAAUAUAGGCACCCACCAGAACAUCAGCAAGCAAGUCAACAUCUACUACGGCGUAGGCAAGGGAAGCUACAGCGACGCGAUCCAGAUCAACAACGGGUGCAUCCUACAAGGCAAAACAACGACGGUCGCCAGGUACCUCGGCCCGCGCCUCACCAACACGUUCACCAUGACGGCGGAGAUCGAGCAGCGCAUCAUUGCGGUCGAGAGGGGUUGGUCGCAGCUUCGCAAGUUCUGGACAUCCGACACGCCAUUUCGACUACGACUGAAUAUUUUCAAGUGCCAAGUUCUCAACAGUGCUCUCAGUGGGCUUGAAGUAUGGGCACGGAAGUACACGCCAUUGCGAAAGAGCGACUUAGCCGAUAUCGAGUCCCGGGUGGUCAAGUACGGCCGCGUGCUGCUCAACGGGACGGCCAGCUACGACGAUGAUCACGUCCGUCAGAUUCCUAGUGUGUACGUUCUUCACAAGCUGCAGGUUGCCCCGCUUUUUGUUGAACUACGAAUUCGCCGCAUCAAGUGGAUGCAGCAGAUGGCUAGAACACCACAAGUAUCUGUUCAGCCGCUCGCAGCUUUGUUUGGCCACAUGAGCUUCGAAAAGGAACCUACCAUCC